AUGGAAUCACCAACAUCUGUAAAGAUAAAAACUAUUCAACCUGAAGAAAUACGUCCACAACAAAAUCGGCAGAAAACAGCUAAAAUAUGUUCAGUACCAUAUCGCUAUAUUUGGGAAGCAUUGCUUGUAUUAUUAAUUUUCGGACCAUUACUUUUGUUUAAUUUCAAAUGGCCUGCUGGAAAAGAUUAUAUUUAUGGAAAAGUUCGUGGAAGAACACGUCUUGCACCAAUGUCAGACGGUUUUGAAAGUUGGAUGGAUCCACCCGUAAAAACAACACGUGCAUAUCGUUUAUUUAAUAUAACAAAUUAUAUGGAUGUAAUGACUGAUAAAAAUGAUCCAACAAUACAAAUUCAAGAAACAAAACCAUUGACAUAUCGACUUGUUGUUAAAAAAAAUAAUAUUGACUGGUUAGAUGAUAACAAAAAAAUUCAUUAUGCCAUUGAACGUUUAUUUACACGUGAAGGAAAAUUUGAUAAAGAAUUACUUAAUCAAGAAGGUGCUUUUGUUGAUAUCCUUCGUGUGAUGCUUCGAACAAAAUUUAGUCGUGUUGCUAAUUCAGCAUUUUAUAUACUUGGUGGACAUAAUGCUUUUAAUUAUUCAAAAGCUAUUGAUAAAAUAGAAGGUUAUGUAUCAGCUAUUUUUUCAGCCAUAUCAUCAAGAAUGCAAGGACCAAAUACAGAUAAAUAUGGAUUUAUUUAUCGAUAUAACGGAAGUAAUGGAUUUAAUUAUACAAUUCAUACUGGUAUUGAUAAUUCAUCUAUGAAAGGACAAGUCGUUGAUUUUGCAUCUGAAUACACACCAUAUAAAACCGACGCUAGUACAUGGGAAACAGAUUUUUUUGAUGGUGUAACAUUUCCACCUGUGGGUAAUCCACCAAAUCGAAAAGUAAUUAAUGUAUUUCAACCAGAUUUUUGUCGACCAGUACAACUUCGAUACAAUCGAACCAUAUCGAAAUUUGGUUUUAAUCAAUUACAUGAAUAUGUUUUAAAACUAGUUGAUUUUAACAAAUGUCCAGAAAUGGAUGAAAGUUGUCCGGAAGCGGAUAAACUUGAUAUCACCAGUUGUCUUUCUGCUGAAAUUCCUGAAAAAACUGUUUUUCUAACAAAGCCUCAUAUGUAUGGUCAUAAUUCAUCAUCAACUAAUGUUGCCUUUAAUCCUGAUUUUCAUAAACAUGAAUCAACAAUUUAUUUUGAACCCCUUACUGGUACACCAAUUAAAGCUCAGUUACGUAUUCAAUUAAAUACGAAUGCUUGGAUUGAUCGUAUUAAAAUUAAUGAGAUGGGCACAACUGAAACAACUAACAGUCGUGCUGUGACUCGUUUUAUUCCAAUGGUGUGGAUUGAUCAAACAAUAGCACUUAAUGAGGCAACCACGAAAACUUUAAAAAAAGCUCUUGGUAUUCUUCGAAAAGGUGAAAGUGUCCAUCAAACACUUAAAUUAGGUUAUAUUAUUGUGGGAUUAUGCUCAGUUAUUGCUGUUAUUGCUGUGAUUGAAUUAUUCUUCUGGAAUAAACGAGUAAGAAAAUUAAGAAAAAAUCAAUAUUAA